GAUAGAUAGACACCGAAUCAUAAUGCACAGUUGAUGAUGGGUGAAUCAACGAGCACGGACUAUGCUGUUGGAAUAAUUCGUCUUUAUUUUUAAAGCGACGUCAUUAGUCUGCUCUCUGGAUUUUCAUUGAAUUCAUCAGCCAAAAGGAACACGUUAUAAUCUUUGUUCGACGCUUGAGCCAGCCAGGACAAUGAGACGGCAAGUACUGUUGUUUUUCUCGGUGCUCUCUCUGAGCUCGGUUCUCGGCCAGGUCAGCUACUCAAUUCCUGAAGAAAUGGCAAAAGGCUCUCUGGUCGGAAACAUAGCUCAGGAUUUAGGGCUAGACGUUAGGCGUUUGCAAACGGGUAAAGCUCGCAUCCAUACAGGAGACAGCGAUGAAUACAUCCAGCUUAACAAGGAAAAGGGGCUCCUCAUUAUCAGUCAGAGGAUAGACCGCGAAGCUCUCUGUGGUCAGACAACGCCUUGUGCUUUGCACUUUCAGAUUGCUUUAGAGAACCCGAUAGAAAUAUUCCCGAUUACCGUCGAAAUCACAGACAUAAAUGACAAUGCUCCUGUUUUCGAAAAAGAAGAAAGGAGGUUUGAAAUCAGCGAGUCUGCGGUUAUCGGCUCCAAAUUCAUACUCGAGAAAGCAAUAGACGCUGAUAUAGGACCGAAUGGUCUUCAGAGCUAUACACUAAAACCCAGUGAUCAUUUUAUUCUGAAAUUGCACAGUCAGUCUAAUGGUGGGAAAAAGGUUGAAAUGAUUUUGCAGAAACCUUUAGACAGAGAGAGACAGGAGAUUGUGUCGCUGUUGUUAACAGCCGUAGACGGGGGAGAGCCGCAGAGAUCAGGCACAAUGCAAAUUCAUAUAACAGUAUUAGAUGCAAAUGAUAACGCUCCUGUUUUUACGCACAGUGUAUACAAAGCUAGCGUAAAAGAAAACUCACCUACAGGUACACUCAUAACAAAAGUCAGUGCCUCAGAUGCAGACAAAGGUUCUAAUGGAGAGGUGAGCUAUGUUAUUGUAAACAGCAUGAGGAGCAUUUCUAAGUUAUUUCGCAUUACAGAGGAAGGGGAGCUCAUGUUAAAUGGACCUCUUGAUUACGAGAAGGCCAAAAAGUAUGAGAUUGAUAUAGAGGCAGUUGACAGAGGAGGUUUGUCUGAAUCUAGUAAAGUAAUUAUUGACGUAGGCGACAUUAAUGACAAUGCACCUGUCAUAAAUAUGAUCUCAUCAUCAAAUUCAAUAGGAGAGGAUGCAGAUUCAAACACGGUGGUCGCGGUUAUGAGUGUAAACGACCCGGAUUCCGAUGAGAACGGGAAAGUCCUGUGUAUAAUAAAUAAAAACAUACCAUUCACGAUUUCACCUUCAUCCAGCAAUUUCUAUAGUUUAGUGACAGAUAGUGAUUUAGACAGAGAGAGAGCAUCUGAGUAUAACAUCACAGUGACGUGUUCUGAUGAGGGAGUGCCCUCCCUCUCCAGCAGCGUGACUCUCACCUUGCAGAUCUCUGACGUGAAUGACAACGCUCCUGUGUUUGACAGGAGCUCAUAUGAGGCCUCGAUUGUAGAGAACAACACACCAGGCCUCUCUAUAUUCACAGUGAGAGCCAGAGACGCUGACUGGAAGCAGAAUGCCCGUGUUUCUUACAUCCUGGAGGACUCCUCAGUGAACGGAGUGCCAGUGUCCUCAUAUGUGUCUGUGAGUGCUGAUAGUGGAGUCAUCAAUGCAGUGCGCUCUUUUGACUACGAGCAGAUCAAAGACUUCCAGUUCCGCGUCAGAGCUCAGGAUGGAGGCUCUCCUCCACUCAGCAGCAACGUGACAGUGAGAAUGGUGAUCCAGGACCAGAACGACAACCCCCCUCAGGUCCUGUACCCAGUCCAGACUGGAGGCUCAGUGGUGGCUGAGAUGGUGCCUCGUGCAGCAGACGUGGGCUAUCUGGUGACCAAAGUGGUGGCUGUUGAUGUGGACUCUGGCCAGAAUGCGUGGCUGUCGUAUAAACUGCAGAGAGCCACAGACAGGGCGCUGUUUGAGGUGGGCUCCCAGAAUGGAGAGAUCAGAACUAUCCGCCAAGUGAGUGAUAAAGAUGCAGUCAAACAGAGACUGACUGUUAUCGUGGAGGACAACGGCCAGCCGUCUCGUUCAGCCACAGUCAUUGUGAACGUGGCGGUGGCGGACAGCUUCCCUGAAGUGCUGUCUGAGUUCACUGACUUCACACAGGACAAGGAGUACAAUGACAACCUGACGUUUUACUUGGUGCUGGCUCUGGCUGUGGUGUCGUUCCUGUUCAUCACGUGUUUGGUGGUGAUUAUCUCAGUGAAAAUCUACCGAUGGAGACAGUCUCGCAUCCUCUAUCACUCCAGUCUUCCUGUGAUUCCAUAUUAUCCUCCACGUUACUCAGACACUCUGGGCACAGGGACUCUCCAGCACGUGUACAAUUACGAGGUGUGCAGGACGACUGACUCGAGGAAGAGUGACUGUAAGUUCGGCAGAGGUGGUAGUCAGAACGUGCUGAUCAUGGACCCCAGUUCAACAGGGACCAUGCAGAGGAUUCAGAGUGAGAAGAGCAUCCUGGAUGAACCAGACUCUCCACUCGAGGUUAGACCUCUGUCCCUUCCUUGAUUUUAGUCCUAACCACACGUUUUACACACAUUUACCGUCUUUGGAUCGUGCCAGUCAGUCAUCGCCUUUUCAGCACCUUGG